CGCCACCGCUUUAAAAUGCGGCCAAAAGCGGGAGCGUUGGCCUCGGCGAGCGAGGCACCCAGAGCGCCGCACCCAAACACACCUUCACUUCCGGAGGAGAACAGAGGAAGAGUGGAGCAGACGAAGCGAGACAGAGGGAGGAAGAAGAAGAUGGUGGCGAUGGGCGCGGAGGACGACGAGCGGCCCGUGCACCAGGGCUGCAUGGCCGGCUUCCUCCACCUCUUCGACCGCCCGCAGAUCCUCUCCGCCAAGCGCCUGCACCACCACCCACGACGCCUCCUCUCCUCCUCCAGUGGGUCGGCCACGCCGUCGGAGAUGUCGAUGCCGCUCGACCGCGGGUCGGAGCGGGCAACGCCGCUCCCGUUGUCGCCGGACAUGACGCCGCCAGCGGCGCCCAGGCCGUCGCUGCAGCUGCCUCCGCUAGACUUGAAGGACAGGAGUGGCGCGGCAGCGUCCUGGAGGCUGCCGCGGCUGUCGCUGGACAGCCGGGCGGUCGUGGACGCCAAGGGGAAGCUCCGGCCGCGGGACAUCAGGACGUCGUCGCCCUCGGGGGCGCCGCCGUCCCCCGGAAUGGGUGGCGACGAGCGGCGGUCUCCCAGCGUCGUGGCGCGGCUCAUGGGUCUCGACGCGCUGCCGCACGGCGCCGGGGACGAGGAGGACGGGCAGCACGCCGCCCGCGGUGGCGAGCUCAGGCGGUCGGCCUCCGAGCGCGUGCCACGCGACCCGGCGCGCUUCCGGUUCGUCGACCCGACCUUCUUCGAGAAGCCGGCGCCACCGGUGCUUCUGCCGCCGCAGAGGCCGUCGUCCCCCGCGACAGAGGUGGCGCUCCGCCGGUCGCCGGAUCCUGCGUACCACAGGGCCGCGCUGCAGAGGCGCAGCAGCCACUUCGACGCGCGCGAGGUGUUCCCCGAGCCGGCGAAGCGCGUGGACCCGAGCGCCGGGCAGGGCGAGAUCGCGCUCUACGGCGAGAUCGAGCGCCGCCUCCGCAAGCGUGGCAUCGCCGAGCCGGCCAGGGAUCUCGAGACGCUCAAGCAAAUCCUUGAGGCCCUCCAGCUCAAAGGCCUGCUCCACCACGCGCCUCCCGCGCCCGUCUCCGUGCGGAACCAUCCGCCGCCAAUCGUCGUCAUGCGACCGAACUCUCGGCCGCCGCAGCCGCCGCUGGCACGGACGUCUCCGACCAGGCGAUUGCGCGUCGAAGUCGACAGUGCCCGCCGCCCGCGUUCGCCCGGCCGCGACGCGUCCCCUGCGAGAAGCCCUGCCUCGCCCGCACGUCGCGGGCCGCAGUCCCCUCAGCGGCGAGUCUCCCCGGCGCAGUCGCCAAAGCAGCAACUGAAGAAGCCGACCAACGCUGAGCUCCCCAGCGUCCGCGCUCGCAUUGCCCGCCGGGCCGCUCAUAAUGCCGCGGCGGCUCUAACUCCGGACGACGACGCAUCGACCACCUUCUCCGACGGCGGCAGCAACAGUACUGUCAGUGCCUCUUCACGAUGGGACUUGGAGCAGCGACCGCGUUUGGAGGACCACGGCCUGCUCGAGCGCUGCGGCAAGCUGCUGAGCAGCAUCCACGCGUUCACCAGCGUCGGCGACGCGGCCGCCGACCAGCAGCCGAGCCCGGUGUCCGUUCUGGACGCGGCGGCCUUCCUCGCCGACGAGGACUCGCCGUCGUCGUCAGGGUCGAAACGGGGAAUGGAUUUCAGAGCCCCCAGUCCUCGGCCAGUGGUGGUGGCGUCCGAUCUGGACGAUGACGAGUGGGUCCCUGAAUCGUGGCUCGUGGGGCCGCAGGCGAGCGACCCAGACUUCGCCUACGUGGCAGAAGUCAUCCGGUUGCUUGACCGGAUGAAGGAGCCGGAUGACGUCUACAGGACGAUCGAGAAGAGGCGCCAGCGUGGCGAGGACACGUGGCAGCACCGGCGGCUGCUCUGCGGCGUCGCGGCGGAAGCAUUCGGGCGGUGGCGGUGCGCCCACCCGUCCGAGCCCGUCGCGUGGCUCCGCGGCGAGGAGCUCCUGCGGCACGUGUGGGCGGAGGUGCAGCGCGCCCGGGAGCCCGUUGCGCCGGCUGCCGACGACCUGAACGACCUCACCUGCGGCGUCAUAUUGCGCGACCUGGCCGCCGACCGCCGGUGGUCGCCCAGCGCCGAGGCGGCGGAGACAGUGUUGCAGAUCGAGCGGCUGCUGUUCAAGGACCUCGUGGCCGACACCAUCCGCGAGCUUGCCGACGUUGACCGCCUCCGCCUGCCACGCCGGAAGCUGGUGUUCUGAUUGAUCUUCGCCACUCCCAUGCCUAAAACAGGAUCGGAGCGGGGUAGAAUGCUGAGAGUAGCGUAGAGUUAUUAACAGAGAAAAUAAUGGAGCUUUUCAUCUUCUUCCUCUUGUACUUUUUUCUUUUAUUAUCGAAAGGGCGAGUGCCACUAUGUAAAAUUAUUACUACUGUUCUUAGGGGGUGUAGCGGACGUCAAUUACGACGAUGGGACGGUGCGUUUUUAAGCCCUCCCAAUGAAUAUGUAUGAAUGAACGAAUGAAUGAAAAAUUUGAGUGUGUUUCCA